AUGUCCGCUGAGGCAGAACCAGGGCCCUCGGAUUCAUUCAAGGCGGAUAAAGGGAAAGGAGUCGCUACGCACUCUCGGCAUGUCAGCAUUGACGAGAUUCCACACUCAGCUGGACGUUUGAGAGCCUCCAGCUCACCCUUUACUGCAUCGCCGCUGCCAAGCAGAUGGCCUACGUCGGAUACCGCUUCGAAAUAUCCACCGCCUGAUGAGAGCAAAUUGUCGGAAACUGGUUAUUUGCAUCAGUCUUCCCAGUCAUUUUCAUCUACCAAAGCAAAUAAUCAUCAACCUCCAGCUACACCUAUAGAAGCAUCAUCGUCAUCAUCGGCAAAAGGUAACAAAGAGGUGGGAUCACCCAACACACAUCCAGAAGAAGCAAACGAGACACCUCAUGUCAAAGAGAAGCCAAGAAUUGAUCAUCGUAGACGCUUAAGUUCAAAAAGCCACGCCAGUCCCAGGCAGUCAUCAAACCAUUUGGACCAUCCUGGGCAGAGUCCUGAAGACCCAAUCAGAACCCCAGGCCACCGUCAUUCAUUUAAUGAGAGACCCUCGAUGCCCCCUGAAAUGCCCAAUUAUAACCCCAUUAACACUCAAGGUCAACCACAUCAACCCUUCUCGGGAAAUUUCCAUAAUGGAGAGUAUGGCCCUCAAGUCAUCCCGUUUCCUGCUCCAGAUCCCCCGCAGCCGGUGUUUCUUCCAUCGCCCAUGCAGGCUUCAUUCCCUCCACAGUUCCCUAUGCCAAACUACCAAGUGCCGGGACUGCCACUUAGCGGUUAUGAGCUCUUGGUAGCAAGGUUGACGGGCAACAUGACGGGAAAGAAACUUGCACCCAUAUAUCGACGAUUUGAAGCCCUUCAUCACCGGCUACUGCUAUCGAUGCAAGAUGAGCUCAUGGAGAUGGAAGAACAGCUGCGCAAUCUUGAUGCAGCAGAUACCCAGCUCCGGAAACACCACGGAGGGAUACACCCAGCAUCCCGGCGAUUGGAGAGCAAUAGCGCAACGGACACUAUCUGGAGGAGGAAGGACCUUAUUAAAAACAUUGCUGGAAAACUAUACCAAUACAAUCAGGUCAUCACCUCCUUCAACGCUACUUACGGCUUACCCGAGCCACACCUUCAAGAAGUCCUCGCCUAUCAAUCUUACCUCAGAGAUUUCACUCCUAUAGUAGAGGGCGAGUCCCAGUACCUAGACUUUGCAGGAGACCUCGUCCAUCUGGGACGGCGCAAACGGCGGCCGAACAGCAAUCCUUCAGACGAACCAGUCAGCCCGAUCUCUCAGUUCGCCAGCCCGAUUUCUCAAUUCGCCAGCGUGCUUGGGUUUUCUCCACCGCCUAGCAGUCAAAUCUCCAACGCCAGUAGCUCGAUCCAUGCCGCAGAAAGCAAUUCAAAGCUGGCUCUAAAUCGUCUAGCCAUAGCUCUAGCCGUGAUCGUGCUCGCCCCAAUAGUCAGCUUCGCGAUGAUCCCUGGUUUCGUCGGCCGUAUGACAGUCGUCUUCCUUGUGGGUCUUGGGAGUGCUGCUGCGUUGUUUCAGUCCGGACUGCUUAGUUCUGUGGCAGAGAAUCGAAGCAUGACGGAUUGGUUGCUUUGUGUGGGAGUUUACGGGGCGGUAAUGGCUAUAAUUGCUGGUAUCAUUUGA